AUGAUUGCUGCUUUUCUUCUACUGCUAUGCUUCCUCGGCCAUGCGGCAGCCCUUGACACGAUCCAGUACGGUGAUUUCGUGUUCUCAGCGACGUUCAGCAUUGCAAACCAGCUCGGCUUCUUCACGCGCAACGGGCUCAACGUCGUUUUCAACCAGGUCAACAGCAGCACACAGGCCUUUGACUCGUUGCUGGGCGGCCAGUUUGACAUAUUGAUCGCCACGGUCGACAACGCGCUCAACAACCGGUUCAACCUCAACCAGAACGUCACCGUUCUCGGUCAACUCGAUCAAGGCCCCGGCCUCGUACUGGCCUCGGUUCCCUCUAUCACCAAUGUGUCCCAACUACAGGGCAAAUCUAUCAUUGUCGACUCGCCCCUUAGUGGAUACUCGUUUCUACUACAAUUUGUCCUCUCGAAGUUCGGCUUGGAGCUUGUUGAUGGGGACUUCACAUUCAUAACUGUCGGCGGUACAAACAUUCGCUUCGCGGACCUCCUCAACGGCAGCCUCCCCAACGGCACCGACGUAUUCGCCACCAUCCUCACCUACCCCUUCACCAUAGAGAGCCAAACUCUGUUCUCCCCCUCUCCGGCGCCACCCAAUAUCCUCGCUCGCGUAUCCGACUUCAUCGCCCCCAUAACGUCGUCCGCCUUCACUAUCCGUCAAUCCUCCCUCGCCAAUGCCACUGAGUUCGCCCUCCUGGCGCGCUUCUUGGCUGCCAUGCACUCAGCCAACGAGUUCUUGCUCGACCCAUCCAACAAGGCUUGCUCGGUUAGGGCUAUCGCGUUGCAGCUGGAAGUGACGCAGGACAUAGCGGAGCGCGAGUAUGCGUCGGCGACGGAUACGCUCACGGGCGAGGUCGCCCCUGGCGGCAACUUCACGGUGACCAUGGAGGGAAUCGAAAAUGAUGUGAUGGUGCGGCAGAUGUUCAACGGGUUCGGUGGAGCGCCGGAGGGGUUCAACUUCACGGCUGCGCUGGAGCCGGGAAGCGGCAAGUUGAUUGAUUAUUCGGUUCGGGACGCUGCGUUGCAGAUUUCUCAAGGGCAUGGGACACUGGCGUGCGAUUCCUGA